AUUCUCGAGAUCUAAACAAGUAUAAAAGUGACCCAAACUCCAUGCCAUAAUCACAAUUGCCGAUACAAUUUCUUCAAAUUCCUCUGACCUUCUUCGAGCUUAGGCCUUCUUAUUACAUACAAUUUUUUUUGUUCCAACACCCAAUUUCCUCAAGAUGAGUAGGCCAGGAGACUGGAAUUGUAGGGCAUGCAACCAUUUGAACUUCCAAAGAAGGGACUCAUGCCAGAGGUGUGGGGAGCCAAGACCAGGUGAGAGAGGUGAGUAUGGAGGUGGUUAUGGAGGGCGGAGUAGUGGCUCGUUCGGAUUCACCACCGGACCGGACGUCCGUCCAGGUGACUGGUACUGCACCUUUGGAAACUGUGGCGCCCAUAACUUCGCCAGCCGCUCGAGUUGUUUCAAGUGCGGUGCUUCAAAGGACGAAUCACCAAGUAGCUUUGAAGGUGACAUUACUAGAAUGAGGGGCUAUGGUUAUGGCGGCGGCAGCUCCAGUCGCUCUAGUUGGAAGUCAGGCGACUGGAUUUGCACCAGAUCCGGGUGCAAUGAGCACAACUUCGCCAGUAGGGUGGAGUGCUUCAGAUGCAAUGCUCCAAGGGACUCCGGUGGCAAGUCUCCAUAUUAGUGCACCGUAGAUUUUCCAUUUUUGGGAACUUGCUGUUCCAUGAAGAAGCAAGAAUUGCAAGACAUUCUCUUAUUAUGUUCCAAGCCACUCCUUUUAGCACCCCGCCCUAUUCUUCUUUUUCGUUUCUCCAGUUUACUAAAUAUGUAUCUCCUUUAUUCUGCUGCUGAGCUUUAAUAGAUCAAUCAUGUCUCGAAGACUUGUUCAAAAAGCUAACUCAGUUGCAUUUUGUGAAAUUUUCUUAUAUAGCAUGACUAAAAGCAUGGUGUGCUACAAUUUAUUAUAUAUCUACAAUAGCAUAUAUAUAUAUAUAUAUAUAUAUAUAUAUUUA